CAGUGCUGCUGGUUGUUAUAUUACUUGCUGGGUCCCGGGUGCUGCUGGAGGAGGGAGGCUUUCCAGCCGUCACUCACACACGUGUUGUGCUCAGCUCCAGCACUUUGCCAGACAGAGGCAGGGAGACUUAACAUGGGGAUACAGGGAGCAGCACUCUGUCCAGGGUCCUGAAACUGCAGCCUCCCAGAUCCGAGGCACAUUCCAGCCGAGCAGGCGGCGGUGGAGAGAGGUGGGGGUUACUCGGCUUCCCUGGAUGGGGGUGAUCAUGGGCGGUGUGUACCCGACUUCCAUGGGUUCCAUGAAGAAUCCUAUCGCAGUCCUCGGACACAGUUUUUUCUGCUGACGGUCUCUGAUGUGCAGAGCUACUGUGAUGCUGCAGAGCUUUGCUUCUCCAAGAGAGCUCCUUCUGAGAGCCUGGGGACCCUAUUAUAGUCUGUCACGCCUCGCUGUGGCUCGUUAGGCUCUAAAAACUCGCCCCGUUUUACCUGAGAGCUCCAGGCACAAUGCUCCCAAUCACUGAUUAGCCCUCUGUAAGUUACUAGCGGCGGCAGGAGCUACACAGUAGCUGCAGGGAUGAAGCAGGAGCCAAGAAGGAGCAGGGUUCUCAGCAGCAGAGCACACACAGCCUCCUGUAAAACCUGCCUUGCCAGGAUUGUGCUAGAAGACCUCCAGGUCUAGGACUGAGGUGACUGGAGGGGGUCAGACGAAGAUUGGAUUAUUUUAUUGUAUCACCACAUUCCAUACCUUUUGUGGCUGGACAGAAAGGAUCACCUCUCUCGCCCUCCCCCACUCACACUGACACCCCGGUUACCCUCCUCUUCACAUAACUAUCUCCUCCCUCCACACAUAUUCACACUGCUCCCUAUUCUACUGCUUGUGGGACAUUAAGGAAUCCCUGGGUCCAAAGCCUGAUGCUGUUCCAGGUCCUUUGGGUUUAUCUGUAGACUCUGACUUGGAUGUAAGGGACUGCGUGGAGAACAAUUGGCAUCAUAAAGUGUGGGCACAGUUGCUGUGUUAAACCAUUUGCACCCAUCACUGCUAUUUCCUAUGCACAGCAUGCCUGGAGGCAUGUGGGACACUUUGAAAAUAAGGCUUUUUGGGUUGAUCUCAGCUCCAUUCUUGGUGGCUGUGGUCUGCUGUGCUCAGAGUGUCAAUGAUCCUGGAAAUAUGUCCUUUGUGAAAGAAACAGUGGACAAGUUGCUAAAAGGAUAUGACAUUCGCCUACGACCAGACUUUGGAGGGUCCCCUGUGUCUGUUGGAAUGAAUAUAGACAUUGCCAGUAUUGACAUGGUAUCUGAAGUCAACAUGGAUUAUACUUUGACAAUGUACUUUCAACAAUAUUGGAGAGACAAGAGGCUAGCAUAUACCGGAAUUCCUCUCAACCUUACUCUUGACAAUCGAGUGGCAGAUCAGCUGUGGGUUCCUGACACAUAUUUUCUUAAUGACAAAAAAUCAUUUGUACAUGGAGUUACUGUGAAAAAUCGUAUGAUCCGCCUUCAUCCAGAUGGGACAGUUUUAUAUGGCCUGAGAAUUACUACAACUGCCGCUUGCAUGAUGGAUUUGAGAAGAUACCCAUUAGAUGAGCAGAACUGCACACUCGAAAUAGAAAGCUAUGGAUACACAACAGAUGACAUUCAGUUUUACUGGCGAGGGGGAGAAAAGGCUGUCACUGGAGUAGAGAGGAUUGAACUUCCUCAGUUUUCCAUAAUGGAUCACAGACUUGUGUCAAGAAACGUUGCAUUUGCCACAGGAUCUUAUCCAAGGCUGUCUUUGAGUUUUAAGCUAAAAAGAAAUAUUGGAUACUUCAUCCUUCAGACCUACAUGCCGUCCAUAUUGAUUACAAUCUUAUCAUGGGUGUCAUUUUGGAUCAAUUAUGAUGCAUCUGCAGCUAGAGUUGCACUCGGAAUAACUACUGUUUUGACUAUGACUACCAUUAACACUCAUCUUCGCGAAACGUUGCCGAAAAUUCCCUAUGUUAAAGCCAUUGACAUGUAUUUAAUGGGAUGCUUCGUAUUUGUUUUCUUGGCACUAUUGGAAUAUGCAUUUGUCAACUACAUAUUUUUUGGAAGAGGCCCUCAAUUGCAAAAGAGGCUUGCAGAAAAAACAGCAAAGGCCAAUAAUGAUCGUUCCAAGUUUGAAAGCAACAGAGUGGAUGCCCAUGGAAACAUUCUGUUGACAACACUUGAAAUCCACAAUGAAGUCACUGGCAAUGAAAUUACAACAAGUAUCACCGAUGUUAGAAAUUCAACCACUUCUUUUGAUAACUCAGGAAUUCAAUACAGAAAGCAGAGUGUGACGCGGGAUGGACUUGGCCGACGAGCCAUGGACAGAGCCGCUCCUCACACCAAGAAAAACCACUUGAGAAGACGGUCUUCUCAGCUUAAAAUUAAGAUCCCUGAUUUAACUGAUGUGAAUGCCAUAGACAGGUGGUCAAGGAUGAUUUUUCCCAUCACAUUUUCACUCUUCAAUCUCAUCUACUGGCUAUACUAUGUUAACUGACGAACUAUGCCUUUGAUGACAUUCAGUAGUCAAGGAAUACCUAGCCUGUUGAUUGUAUGCAAUAAAAGCGAAAUCGAUUUUUAUGCAUACACUUUCUUGAUGUAUGAAUGUAUGUGGAAGCACAAGCAAGUGCUAUUACAUGUUCAUAUAAGUAUGUUUUCUGCGACUAUGAACUAUUUUUCAAGAUAGAGCCACAAGAACAAUUUUUAAACUUUGAAUAAUGCAGAUCUUCCUAGUUGAACUACAUGCCUUGGGAUCAUCUGAAAUACUACUUGUGAUAUAAAUUUAAUUGUUUAUUUUAUUCAUAUUGUAUGAAUACCAAGAAUUGAGCUACAUACAACCUUUUAUUGUUUCUACUUAUUUUACAACAUCAAUGUUACCAUAGGGUUCACUAGUCCAUUUGUACUGGUGCACUGUGUUUAUUUUAACAAUUUUGCUUAUCACGAGACUUUGUAUAACUAUGUUUUCUUUGAUGAAUUUGUCUGUUUCCUUUAUGUGUAUGGAAGUUUUGGUUUUCCCACUUCUAUUUUGCCUUUAGGUCGUAUCACUCCUGACAUAGAAAAUUCUGUUACUGUGCAUGAGAAAAUAUUCACAGGGGAUCCAUUUAAAGCACUGAACCUUAACAAACUGAUGGAUUCCUAUUUGUAUGUCUUACAUAAUAUUGUACAGUAUAUAUUUUUUCAGAUACACCAUUUCAAAUCAUCUUGUGGCAAUCCUUCUCUUUAACCAUACUACCGAAUACACUGGAAAUAUACUGUAUUUUACCUUUCACAUAAAUUUCAUUGUCCCAAUUAUUUUAAAGAAAAUACAAAAUAGAAGAAAUCUCAGGAUAUUUGCUAUUUGCAAGAAAGAACAUCUUAAUGUAUUUAAAAAAAAAUACAGUCACCCUUUGA